AUGGGUUUCGAAUUUGUGAACAACAAUACUGCUAUUGAUAGCGCGGCGAGGAAACGUAUUCGCACCCACGCUGCAGCAGGGAAAAACGCCAACAGGACUUUGACACGGCCAUCCAAGGCCGUUGCUCUCAGACGCAACGUGGCAGUUCCGUUUCGAACACCGGAUACUAUAAGACGAUUGCAGAGAGAUUCCAAGGCUGGUGCAGAGAUUGAGCGGCCAGUUACUGAUGGACUGCAGUUUCUUAUACCUGUUCCUGCAAGAUCACAGGGUUUAGUUCGACAAGUCCGCGAAACGACACAAGGAAUGUACCACAUUGCGCGCACCUAUCGUAUCGUUCAGGAUCGGUUAAUGAGCGAGGAAGAGGCAACAUCUGAUAUGACGAUUGCAAUAUUGGUGGCUAUGUCUCAGUAUGAGCGGUUGCAGGGCCAGUAUGCGCGUGGCUAUGUCCAUGUUCGUGGCAUGCGGCGGAUGAUUGAGCUACGUGGGAGCAUCAAGCAGUUCGAUAGUGAUUGCCGCGGGGUUAUUCAAAAGGUUCUGAGGGCCGACCUCGAAUAUGCUUUACAGCUUGGUUCGGCGACACUCUUCGGUUUUGAGGGCAUCAGGUUUCUGCGUGAAUGUAAAGAUAUAUGUUUGGAUCACGGGAAGGAAGAGAAGUUGGUUGCAAAUCCCGAGGUGAAUUCCUUCCUGCAAGCCGGCCUGCGUCUUAGUCUAUGGUCGGCCUUUUCAGACAUGAGGAGGCUCGCAGAUUUACUCAACGAUGCCGGCGCUGGGUAUAGACGGAAGCUAGGUGCUGACGAGUUCCACAACACCAUCUUGCUCUUGGGCUAUAGCCUCCUAUAUAUCAGCCCCUUAGAUGUAAGCACUGGGCCUGGUGCAUGCUCCAUGUUGGGUAUCAGUCCCCUUGAGGAAGUUGUCCACUUGGGCCUUGUUGCGUUCUUGGUGACAUUUCUAAGGGGUCUAAACCAACGAAUCCCGGAAAACCCCCUUCUCUCAUAUCGUCUUCGGCUCGCUAUCGAGAAGUUAUUGUCGUCGGUCGGAGGAGGGGAGGAAAGCAAAAUCAUAAAAAGAGUGUUGGUAUGGGCGCUCUUCGUUGGGGCGGUCGUUGUAUUCAAGCCUUCAGACGAUGAAUGGCUGAUACCAACAACUAAUACUGCAAUGAACGCUCUUGGUCUCUCCUCCUGGAAGGACGUAAAGGAGGCACUCGCUGGCUUCCCAUGGGUGGAUGCGAUACAUGAUAGAACCGGCACAGUGCUUUGCACUACGCAGAAAUUUCUCAGCUUCUCAACUCAAAUUGACUAA